CCGGCCCUACAGCCCUUCCUUCUUUGGGGAAACCGAGGCACGGAAAGAACAGAAAGGACGGGGCAAUGGAGGCGGCGAGAGUCCCCCGGACCACCGAACUGGAAUUUGGGGGCACUUGGGGGGCGGCGUGCUUGACCCUCCUGCUGCCCGCCUCGACCUUCUACCUGCUGCUGGUCAGCCGGACGGCGGGGGCUUCCUUGCUGUCCUUGCCCCCUUUCCCGGCUUUCCGCUCCCUCUGGGACCCCACCGACCUCGGCCUGGUCCUGGCCUGGAUUGCCGCACAGGCCCUCCUCGCCCAGGCCCCCCUCGGAAAGGUCACCGAGGGGACCCCGCUCCGGGACAAGACCCGCCUCCAGUACCGCAUCAACGGGUGCCAUGCGCUGGGGGUGACGGGCGUGGUGCUGGGGGCGGGGCUUGCGGGGGGGCUGCGCCUCAGCUACGUCUAUGACCACUUCCUGCAGCUGGCCUUCGCUGCCACCCUGGUGGCCUUUGCCCUCAGCCUCAUCCUCUACCUCAAGGCCUUGGUGGCCCCACAAAACGCCCUGGCCCCAGGGGGCAACUCGGGGAACCCCAUCUAUGACUUCUUCCUGGGCCACGAGCUGAACCCCCGCAUCGGCUCCUUCGACCUCAAGUUCUUUUGUGAGCUGCGCCCCGGUCUCCUGGGAUGGGCGGUGAUCAACAUGGGGAUGCUGAUGAAGGAGGCGGAGCUGCGUGGCAGCCCCUCGCUGGCCAUGGUCCUGGUCAACGGCUUCCAGCUGCUGUACGUGGUGGACGCUUUGUGGCACGAGGAGGCGGUCUUGACCACGAUGGACAUCCAGCGGGACGGCUUUGGCUUCAUGCUGGCCUUUGGCGACCUGGCCUGGGUGCCCUUCCUCUACAGCCUCCAGGGUCACUUCCUGGUCACUCACCCCCAUAAGGUCAGCCUCCCUGCGGCCGCCGGCAUCGUCCUCCUUAACGGCCUGGGCUACGCCAUCUUCCGGGGCGCCAACUCCCAGAAGAACACUUUCCGCCGGAACCCCAAUGACCCCCGAGUGGCCGGCCUGCGGACGAUACCCACGGCAACCGGGCGGCGCCUGUUGGUCAGCGGUUGGUGGGGGCUGGUCCGCCACCCCAACUACCUGGGGGACCUCCUCAUGGCCCUCGCGUGGUCACUCCCCUGCGGGCUGACGCAUGCGCUGCCGUACUUCUACCCGGUCUACUUCCUUCUGCUGCUUCUGCACCGCGAGGCUCGGGACGAGCGCCAUUGCCUGCGCCAGUACGGCCUGGCCUGGCGGGAGUAUUGCCGGAAAGUCCCCUUCCGCAUCCUGCCCUACGUGUACUGAAGGCGCACCAGUGCUCAAGGCUCAUCGGUGGCAUCUCCGCAUUGCUUCUACCAUCACAAUGUGGGGAAAGUUGGCCCAAC